AUGGCCGAACAAAUUAGCUUCCCGGUGAAACGGAUCACCUGGUCCCAGUACGAACACGAAACGCCAAUUCUCCUUCAAGAAGCAAAUGGACCUUGUCCCUUGAUAGCGCUUGUGAACACACUUUUGUUACAGAAUGACAUAUACCAACGAGAAGCUGGAUUCAACCCAAAGAGUAACAAUGUGGGCGGUGCUGCUAGACAUGGAGAGAGUGUGGCGAAGAUAAGGGCACUUUUGCAUCGUCAUUUGGAUAAGAGAGUCUCUUUGGAUGAGGUUUUGGGAUGUUUGGGUGACGUUUUGCUUGAUGUUUAUAACCAUGACUUUGCCGUGGUGAAUCGACUUUUGGAGAAUCUCCCGCUUCUUCAUACGGGAUUGAGCGUGAAUCCAAAUAUUUAUAGUGGCGGAUUCCCCAGGGACUUGAGCACGGACAUUUUUGAUGCAUUUGGUCUUCCAUUCAUGCAUGGCUGGCUUUGGGACCCUAAAGACGAUGUUCAUAAAGAUCAGUUUCAGGAAUUGCAGACGUUUGAUGGGAUUCAGGAUUACUUGCUUGAUCCUAAGCAGGAUCCACGGCUCAAGGCUGAUAUUCAACAAUGGCUUGACCGUCACAGUACACAGUUAACAGCAUAUGGGUUGAAGGUGAUUGAUGAGAAGAUGGAACCGGAUUCGUUGGCGGUUUUCUUCAGGAAUAACCAUUUCCUGACGCUUUAUAAAGCUCACGACCAUGAUUUAUACUUGCUCGUGACGGAUUCGUCGCUUCUGGGUCGGUGUGUGUGGCAGCUGGUGAUUCUGGUUUCUGGUAGUGACGAUUUAUUCUUUUCAGGAGAUUUCGUGCCCAUUCUGGAUAAUUCAGAUGUGGGAGGGUUCACCAACAAUGAAGAUUUAGAGCUUGUUCGUCAGCUCCAGGAGGAGGAAGAUGCUGCAUUGGCCCAGAGAAUGCAACUGCGGUAUGAAAAGAGAGACAGUUCUAAUUCACGUCCUCAAGUGCUUCCGAAUGAAAAGACAGAAAAGAAGAAGAAGGAAAAGCUGGACGUGCCUCCCAAGAAGGGGAAACUACUGUGUGUCAUUGUAUGA